UGCAUCAUGAAUUCUCUGUCUGAAGCAAAUGGCAACUUUGCCAUCCACCUUUUAAAGAUUCUCUGUGAAAGCAACCCUUCGGAAAAUGUCUGUUAUUCUCCCGUGAGCAUCUCCUCUGCUCUAGCUAUGGUCCUCUUAGGGGCGAAGGGAGACACAGCAGUCCAGAUGUCUCAGGCACUUGGUUUAAACACAGGGAAAGAUGUUCAUCAAGGCUUCCAAGAGCUGCUCAGUAACCUGAACAAGCCCAACAGAAAGUAUUCGCUUAGAACGGCCAACAGGCUCUUUGCAGAGAGCACAUGUGAAUUCCUCCCAACCUUUAAGGAAUCCUGUCUUCAGUUCUAUCACUCAGAGAUGGAGCAGCUGUCCUUUGUCAAAGCAGCAGAGGAGUCCCGGAAACACAUAAACACGUGGGUCUCCAAACAGACUGAAGGGAAAAUUCCAGAGUUGCUGUCGGGUGGCUCAGUUGAUUCCGAGACCAGGCUGCUUCUUGUCAAUGCCUUAUAUUUCAAAGGAAAGUGGCAAACAGAGUUUGACAAAGAACACACAAGGGAAAUGCCCUUUAAAGUAAACCAGAGAGAGAAAAGACCAGUGCAGAUGAUGUAUCAGAAAGACGUAUUUAAACUUGCCUACGUGAAAGAAGUUCAGGCACAGGUGCUGGUGAUGCCCUAUGAGGGCAUGGAGCUGAGCUUGAUGGUCGUGCUCCCAGUUGAUGGUGUGGACCUCAGCAAGGUGGAAAACAAUCUCACUUUUGAGAAGUUAACAGCCUGGACUAAAUCAGACUCUAUGAGGAGCAUAAGAGCUGAGGUUUUCCUUCCAAAAUUUAAACUGCAAGAAGAUUAUGACAUGAAGUCUGUAUUUCAGCACUUGGGAAUGGUGGAUGUCUUUGAGGGGGGCAAAGCUGACUUAUCAGGAAUGUCUCUGGAGAGAAACCUUUGUGUGUCUGAGUGUGUUCACCAGAGUGUUGUGGAGGUCAAUGAAGAAGGCACUGAGGCUGCAUCCUCCACCAUGGUAAAUAUAAGCCCUAACUCAUCUGGUGGUGACCCAAGGUUUUGUGCUGACCACCCUUUCCUUUUCUUCAUUAGGCACAAUGAAACCAACACCCUCCUGUUCUGUGGCAGGUUCUCAUCUCCAUAA